UAAGUGGCCAGAUCUUUAGUGGUCCUUGUUAAGUUUUCGAUCACCUCCUUAUCUUUGUAGCUACAUAAUCUUCACUUGUUAAAUACCGAAACCCUGAUCUCAAGACUCUACUUAAACUCCCUAAAAAACCUAUAUUUCACGUUAUAUUUUUGGUCUUUCACUUUUUCCAUAAAUUCUAUUCAAAAACUCAAGUGGUCCUGUCCUUACCUUAUCUCUCCAGCUAUACACUUGCUACUCAAGAUACCACUAACCCUAAUCUCCACUAGACCCCCUUUAAUUAGAAGUUAAAACCCUAUAUAUCAAGAUCGAUUCUCUGUUUCUCACUUUCUUCAUUCCAGCCAUUCCACAAGUUUUUCGAUUUCUUUCAUUGAAAACACUUGAAAUGGUGGCCUCAUUUGAGUUCGUCGUCACAAGGAAAAACCCUGAACUCAUCCCUCCUGUGUCCGAAACUCCAAAUGGUCAUUACUAUCUCUCGAAUCUCGAUCAAAAUAUCGCCAUCAUCGUGAAAACAUUAUAUUACUACAAAUCGGAGUCAAGAACCAACGAAGAAUCCUACAAUGUGAUAAAGAAAUCUCUCUCUGAGGUUCUUGUUCAUUACUACCCUGUCGCCGGAAGGCUGACGAUCAGUCCGGAAGGAAAGAUCGCUGUGAAUUGCACUGGAGAAGGAGUAGUGGUUGUGGAAGCUGAGGCUAACUGUGGGAUAGAGACGAUCAAAGAGGCCAUCUCUGAGAAUAGAAUGGAGACGCUCGAGAAACUUGUUUACGACGUUCCAGGUGCCCGGAAUAUUCUUGAGAUUCCGCCGGUAGUAGUUCAGGUGACAAAUUUCAAAUGUGGGGGUUUUGUCCUAGGACUAGGCAUGAGCCACAACAUGUUCGAUGGAGUCGCUGCUGCGGAGUUCCUCAACUCGUGGUGCGAGAUGGCUAAGGGCCUUCCUUUAUCCGUCCCACCUUUCUUGGACCGUACAAUUCUCCGGCCACGAAACCCUCCCAAAAUCGAGUUCCCACACAACGAGUUCGACGAAAUUGAAGACAUCUCUGGCAUCGGAAAACUCUACGAUGAAGAAAAACUCGUCUACAAAUCAUUCCUCUUUGAACCCGAAAAGCUUGAGAAGCUCAAGAUCAUGGCAGUUGAAGAAAGUAAUAAUAGUAAGGUAUCAACAUUUCAAGCCUUAACCGGGUUUCUUUGGAAAUCAAGAUGUGAGGCUCUACAGUAUAAACCAGACCAACGGGUUAAGCUUCUGUUUGCAGCUGAUGGACGGUCAAGAUUCAUCCCACGUCUCCCGCAAGGAUAUUGCGGGAACGGGAUUGUGUUAACUGGUUUGGUGACAUCAUCAGGAGAAUUAGUUGGGAACCCUCUUUCUCACUCGGUGGGUUUGGUCAAGAGACUAGUCGAGUUGGUUACAGACGGUUUCAUGAGGUCUGCUAUGGACUACAUCGAAGUAAACCGGACCCGGCCGAGUAUGAACGCAACACUUUUGAUUACAUCCUGGUCAAAAUUGACAUUGCAUAAACUGGAUUUCGGUUGGGGAGAACCGGUUUUCUCUGGACCGGUUGGUUUACCAGGGAGGGAAGUGAUCUUGUUCUUACCAAGUGGAAACGACAUGAAGAGUAUCAAUGUGUUUCUUGGGCUUCCUACUUCAGCUAUGGAAGUGUUUGAAGAGCUUAUGAAGAAGAUCUGAAAAAGAACAAACAUUUUCAUAAUCAAAUUAUGAUUUAUUUCAACCAAUUAAAAUCAAGAUAAUUUAUAAUCUAAUCAUUAUUUAUACAUGUAAGUUUGAAUUCUCGUUUGUAUCAAUUACAAAAAAUUAUGUAAUUCGCAUAAAAAUAUAUAUGUCAAAGUAAGUUA